AUGAGUCAAAAAGCUGUAAAGGGGAGCGCAAUAGCAGAUUUUUUUGCUAGUCGAGCUCUAGAAGAUUAUGAGCCCUUGAAUUUUGACUUCUCUUAUGAAGAGAUAGUGUAUGUAGCAGCUGCUGAAGAGGAAAACACAAAAGGUCACUGUUGGAAAUUGAAUUUUGACGGAGCCUCAAAUGCUGUGGGUAAUGGAGUUGGGGCAGUUCUAGUAUCCCCAGAAUCUGAAGCAUGUAUCAUGGCACUCAGAGCAGCUAUAGAGCGCAAGAUCAAAUCAUUAGAAGUAUAUAGAGAUUUUGCAUUGGUAAUUUACCAACUUCGAGGUGAAUGGGAGACAAGAGAUGCUAAGCUAAUCAAUUAUAGAAGGCUGGUGUUGGGGUUAGUUGAAGAGUUUGAUGAUAUUACUUUCAAUUAUCUCCUGCGUGAUGAAAACCAAAUGGCAGAUGCUUUAGCUACUUUGGCUUCCAUGAUCAAAGAUAUAUUGCGAUAUGUGAGAAACCGUGAAUAUCCAGAUCAAGCCACGGAGAAUGACAAAAGAACAUUGAGAAGGCUUGCCUGCGAUUAUGUUUUAGAUGGAGAGAUCCUAUACAAAAGAAGGAAGGAUCAUGUACUUUUGAGAUAUGUGGAUGCCGUAGAGUCAAAGAAAAUCUUAAAAGAAGUGCACGAAGGUGUUUGUGGAAUGCAUGCCAAUGGGUUCACAAUGGCCAGGACAGCUUCGAGAGGACGGUGUAGUAACAUCGGUGAAGUCAGAUCUUAUAUCCCUGAAGUUGCAGUGGAAUGGAUCAAAGAUUACAAAUCUUACCUCCUUGAAGUUGCAGUGGAGCAAGUUGAAGUGCCAGUUACAGUAAAGUAG